CCCAUAUAUCAAGUUCGCUUGUAGCGGUAGACAUUAAGAUAGUAUUAUUUUAUAAAUAGUAUUUAUAUUUAUAGUUAUAGUGUUAGUUGUGAGUUGGUGGUUCGGGAAUAAGUGGUUUUUAGAACUUUUGGUAGCCAAAUUUGGGAAUACUAAUAUUGUAAACAAUGGAAGCAGUGGAACGAACAGACGGGAUCAAAUUCGUUUUCGCACGAAAAUUCAAAGAAGUGGACGAGUACCCCCUUUCGGACUCCCUCCCUUUCUUAGUAUGUCUAGUCGCAGCAUAUUUACUGUUUGUCAAAAAAAUUGGCCCCGACUUUAUGAAGAAUCGAGAGCCUUACAAACUCAAAAACACGAUUUUAGUCUAUAAUGCCAUUCAAGUCGUAUUGUCAGCAGUAUUCGUCUAUCUUUCAUUUAUCGCGCUACUGAAAGGUGGAUUAUUCCCAAAACAAUGCUGCGAAGAAGACCCUGAAAUUAGAAAAACUAUGUUAAAAGCAAUGUUCAUCUACUUCUUGGGGAAAAUUUCAGAGCUUCUUGACACGAUUUUCUUUGUUUUAAGAAAAAAAUAUAAUCAGGUGUCAUUCCUUCACGUCUACCAUCACGCGUCAGUCGUGAUCGGUACGUGGAUGAUGUUCAAGUACUCGGUCAACCAGACCGCAGUCUACGCCGGCUUCAUCAACUCCUUCAUCCACGUCAUCAUGUACUUCUAUUAUUUCGUGGCUGCGUUGGGACCUCAGUACCAGAAAUAUCUUACGUGGAAGAGGCACAUCACUUCUUUGCAAUUGCUCCAAUUCGUGACUGUGGCGAUGCAUCAGAUCUUUUCUCUUUUCUACACAAGCUGCUCACACAGCGUCAUCGGCAUUAUCUACGUAAUAUACUCGUGCAUAUUGUUCUAUAAAUUAUUCUCCAACUUCUACAACAAGACCUACAAUACGCCGAAGAAGGUUACUAUAAAUGGAGCACAAAAGGCAGAAUCCAGUAAAGAACAAUAAGGAUAGAGACUAUACCGAUUUGAAUCUUCUAACCACGCGCAGACAGGAAAACUAAUGUUUAGGCAUUAUAAUUAAUACUAAUUAUCAUUAAGUCACGUGGAUUUUGUGUAGUUGUACGAGUAUAAGAAGUUAUUUGACUGCCUAAAGCUGUGUAAAGUAUAAGAGGAAGAUUGUUAAUUUUUGUAAGGAUGGAUUGAGAAUGGAUUAUAGAAAGAAAUAAAAGUUGUAUCUGGUAAAA